AUAGUGUUUGUCGAGUUUUUGUUGUUUUGUGUGUUUUCAUUGGCGUUACCUUUGCUGAGAAGGAUCGGCACAAAAGAUUAGCCGAUUCUAUGGCCGAAGAAUAUUUGACUGUAAACUCGGAUGAUGUCAUCCCCGAAGAUAUGAGUGCAGUUGAGGUGCCGUGUGAUAGACAUUUCAAGAGGGAGUCUAAUUCAUUGCACAGACAGUCGUUAUGCCGGCCGCCCAGAAAGCAGUUGAUUGCCGUGAAAAUGCCCUCAAAGUAUUAUAUGCCGGGAGUCUAUCACAGGCCCAACAGCUACGAAGUGGACAGAUGUGACGGCGUGUGUCAGCACCCGAACCACAAG